UUGUUAGAACAUAUGUUCUAUCUUCGACGAUCGCAGAUAAGUUCUCGAUUGGUGUGGGUCAAUUUUGAUUAAUGAGAAAUCAUAAAUUUUACUUUUCAAGCUACGGUAAAUUACGGUAGCGCGAACACGAAUAUACUCUAUGUAUAUAGGCUUGCUUAGGCUGCUGUUAGGCUGUUAGGCCAUUAGAAGCCACAUAAUUUCCUUACUCUAUAAUACUUGUGUACAAACGUGUAAUUAUUUUUAUCUAUAUACGAUUAAUUGGUGUUUCGGGCAGUUUAAUCACAAUGACAGAAAUAAAGUGGCCGUGGCAAUACAGUUUUCCUCCUUUUUUCACUCUCCAGCCUCAUACAGAUAUUAGAGCUAAACAAUUAGCAGCAUGGAAAAGUUUAAUACUUGAAUAUCAUCGUGUUACAAAACAGUCUAUUAUAGAUAUACGAGAAGUACAUUCAAGCCCGUUAUUUAACAAUUCUGCAAUUAAUCGGAAGUUACCAUCGGAAGUUGUUUUACUAGCAUUGGAAGAAUUAGCAAAGUCAGGAAAUGCAAGUCCAUUAGACAAGUCUAAAGAAAGAUGGUUAGUUUAUUGGCAUACUUUAGAAGAAUGGGGUGAAAUUAUCUAUAAUUGGGCACAAGAGAAAGGACUUACAGGAUCUGUAUGUACCUUAUUUGAAUUAACACAAGGAGAAGAUACAAUAACCGAAGAAUUUCAUGGGCUCGAUACAGAAGUGUUGGUCAAAGCUCUUAAAACAUUGGAAGCAAAUAAAAAAGCAGAACUAAUUUUAUCUGACGAUAAUAAAGGAGUCAAGUUUUUCUAAAUGCAUAGUUAUAUAGAAAAACUGUGUACGUGGUAUGCGAAAAUAUUGAUCACAAUAUUAAUUAAAAAAGUACAUUUCUAUUCUAUAUGUAUAUUUACAAGCAAUUA